AUGAUUAUGACUGAUCUCCUCAUCAUCAUCUUCCUCUCCCCUCUCUUCAUCAUCAUUUCCCCUCUCAGCUGGAAAGAGUGGGUGGUUGAUCCGGCAGAACAGUUUUAUUAUGUCUGGCUACAGAUCAUGAUCUUUCCCAUCGUCUACAACUGGGUGAUCAUCAUUUUGAGGACAUGUUUCACUACAAUUGCCCUGAGUUACCUGCCUGUGUGGCUCACACUGGACUAUCUGGCAGACCUCAUGUAUAUGGCUGACAUGAUCAUCACUGUUCACACAGGUUACUUGGAUCAGGGCAUCCUGAUCAGGGACCUAAAUCAGCUGAAGAAGCGCUACCUGCGCUCCAAACGUUUUUUAAGAGACUUGGUUUCUUUGCUGCCCACCGACUUCCUGUACUUUGUCUUUGGCAUCCAAACUCCGAUGGUGAGGAUCAACCGCCUUUUGCGCAUGCCACGGCUGAACGAGGCUCUGGAUCGCAUGGAGACGAGAACCUCCUACCCAAACACCUUCCGCAUCUCAAAGCUCAUGAUCUACAUCUUUGUGUUGAUCCACUGGAAUGCGUGUCUCUACUUUGCACUGUCCAACUACAUCGGCUUUGGAAGUGAUCGUUGGGUUUACCCCAACAUCACCAAUCCGGAGUUUGCCUCCAUGCGUCGUCAGUACUUUUACUGCUUCUGGUUCUCUGCCCAGAUUUUCACCACAGUGGGAGACACCCCCCUGCCGAAGAGGGAAGAGGAGUAUUUGUUUAUGAUUGCAGACCUGCUCAUUGCCGUUUUGGUGUUUGCAUCGAUUGUUGGCAAUGUUGGAAAUGUCAUUACAAGCCUAAGAGACCGUGAUAAUGUCUUCUUUCCAAACCAUGAACUGGUGAAGGCUUACCUGCGUAGCCAUCACAUUAGCAAGGAGCUUCGACAGCGCAUUGACAACUGGUACCAGCAUCUUCACAUCAACAAGAAGAUCAUGCGAGAGAAUGAAAUCCUGCAGCAGCUGCCCAUACACCUGAGGACGGAGAUCGCUGUCAGCGUUCACCUCCCCACUCUCUCCAAAGUCACCAUCUUCCAGAGCUGUGAGAAAAGUCUUCUGGAGGAGCUGGUGCUCAAACUAACACCUCAGGUGUUCAGUCCAGGAGAGUACGUUUGCAGGAAAGGAGAUGUGGGCCAUGAAAUGUACAUCAUCAAAGAAGGGAAACUUGCAGUUGUAGCAGAUGACGGGGUCACACAGUUCGCUGUACUGAGUGAAUCGAAUUUCUUUGGGGAAAUUAGUAUCCUCAAUAUCAAAGGUAACAAGUCAGGAAACCGUCGCACUGCCAACAUCAGAAGCAUUGGCUACUCUGACUUAUUCAGCUUGUCCAAAGAAGACCUGAUGGACGUGUUAUCGGAGUUCCCUGCAGCCAAACGUCACCUGGAGGAGAAAGGCAGACAGAUCCUCACCAAGAUGGGCAUGCUGGAGGAUAGCGGGGAGGGAGAGGAGUGGGAGACAGAAAAAGUCGAAACCAAAAUAAACAGGCUGGAGAGCAACUUGGGAAUCCUGCAAACGAAACUAGCUCGACUCAUGGUGGAGUUAGAGUCGAGCCACCGCAAGAUGCAGGCCAGGGUGGUGCAGCUGGAGUGGGAGGUGGCAGCGCUGGAGACCCAGCUGCCAGAGGACAGGGAGGAAGGAGAAAGAGCGCAGGGAAGAGGUGAAGGGGUGGGAGGGGAGGUUGGAUUGGAGAGGGAAGAGGCGGAGGGAGAAGAGGAGAGGGACUCAGAUGCAAAGGUGAAAAAACAGGGACAGGGAGAAGAUGGUAACGAUGUGACCAAAGAGGGAGAUGGAGAGAGCACCAAAAGUUGA